AAUGAAACUGUCAUUUGCACCAACGACCGUAUGGAGCUUGUUAUUCCAAGCGCUUUUUUCCUCAACAAAGUUCCUCCUGUUUACGCUUGGGAUUUGCAUUUAAAUGAUCCGGAGUGUCGUGGUGAUGUAGUCGGAGAGGACUAUGUUUUCAGCAUUAAGACAAAUCUGUCAUAUUGCGGCACUAUAAUGGCCUCAGAUCACACACACAUCGUGUUCAUAAACACCAUACAGAACAACUACUCAGAUAUUAUUACAAGAAACUACAUCAACAUAACAUUUGCGUGCCGCUACCCCAUCAACUACAUGGUCCAACAGCCCAACGGAGAAAACAUGAUCAGAGUGGACAUCAGACCUAUCACUCUGAACACCGAGGAUGGGAAUUUCUCAGUGUCAAUGCUGCUGUACAAAGACGAAGCCUUUGAGGACAGGUGGACCACUGUGCCAUCGCUGACUCUGGAGGAUAACAUCUUUGUAAAAGUUUUCAUGAUACCUUCUCAUCUGCAGCUGCGUAUGGAGAGAUGUUGGGCUACGCCGACCAGUGAUCCAUACAGCAAUAUUCAGUACACCUUCAUCACAGACAGCUGCCCAGUGUUGACCAACGACCAGACUCUGAGCGUGCUGAAGAACGGUCAGGGCCCAGAGGCCACGUUCAGGAUACAAAUGUUUAAGUUUGUCGGCAGCUCUUACACCAACGUCUUCCUUCACUGCAACGUCCAGAUCUGCCACAGUGGUCCCGGUCUGUGUCAGCCUAACUGUUCCAGUGAAGAUGGAUUACUGAGAACACGGAGAGAAAUCCCACUGUCCCAUACAGUGUCUUACGGACCCAUAAGACGACUAUUAAACCACAGUGAAAAUCCCAGUCUAGAUGCAGGAGGAGUCCCAGCUGUGGAGACCUUUGUCCUCGGAGGACUGCUGCUUGUCUUGCUGCUGGUAACAGGAGUCUUUGGGAGGUUGUGGCUUCGCUCCAGACAUUUCUACCCAGCAAGGGAAGCACAGCUUACCCUGUCCAACAUUCAUCACAUCUCAGAAGUGGCCUCAUGAAUUGUAUGGACUUUAUAGAAUUAGUAAAUGGACACAGGAAAACAUACGUACACGUGUUUUUAUAAUAAUGUUAUAUGUUUUGUGUAUUAUGCUCGUUAGAAUAAAAAUUUGUUUGAUUUGUAAA